AUGGGCAAGUCUAGGGCAAGGACAUUGGCUCCACGGGGAACGGCGCAAUGGGUGACAUGGAAAACAACAGAGACCACUCGCGGCUUGAAAGGGAAGUGGUGUCCAGUCAAACCCAGUCAGCCAAGCCCAUCCGUGCAAUCAUCUCCAGCAAAGUCUCCCAGAAAACAUAAUUCCGAUAGGGCAUGGGAUCAAUCGUCAACCGAUUUCAAUGCUGACUAUGAGGACUUUGGUAAUAAGGAACCAAUUGGUGCGCUCAACUUACCGUUAGGGAGAAAGAAGACAAAGAGCCCAAAUGAUUAUCUCCGGGAAUGGAAAUUUCGGACUGAUGAUUACCUCCGGAUCCUCCACGAAUGA